GGGCAGGGCCGGGCAGCCAUUUUGGGCAGAGCUUUGUUAUGGUUCUGGGGCCGCAGGAGGCAGCGGGAGAGGCCUGGCCGGUGAGUGCGGCGCCCACCUCCGUUCCUCGCGCUUCGCGGCGUUUCCGUCCGCCGCUCCGCCGGGCCCGGCGCCGGCUCCCCGCCCUCCGCUCCCCGAUCGCCGGCGCCGCGGCCUCGGAGCGGCCCGGGAUGGGCCUCCCGCCAGGCCGGGACCCCUCUGGCGGCGGCGGCGGGGGGAGCGGGGCGGCCGCCGGGGGGAGCUCGGCGCUCCGGGCCCCGCCGCGCGCACGGCCCCGGCCCUUCCGCCGCGGCGGGGGGAGCCGCGCUCCCGGGGGGCUCCGGGCCGGGUUGGGGGGGAGGCGGCCGGGGCCGAGCUCCGCGCUUAUUGUUUCCUGCCUCGGCGGAAAGUUUGCCGAGCCUGACACCGCUCCGCUGGCGGCGCGCCGGGUCACGGAGGGGCGCGGGGGCAGAGGCCGGGGGUAAAGUCCCCGGGGCCGGGCCGGGCUUCGCGCGAGCGCGAGUUGGAAACGAAAGUGGGAGAGUCGGGCCGAGGGCCGAUCCGCCGCCGUUCCGUGGUGGUUGGGGGGGGGGGAGGAGGUCGGCAGCGACACGUGUGCCCGGCCCGGCGGCGGGAGGCCGAGAGCCCCCGGGUGCCGCCCGGCUGCGCUCCCGGCCGCGUGCGGCUCCGGGCGGUGCGGUGGCAGCCGCGGGCAGUGCCGGCCCAGCUGCUGGGCGCGCGCCGCGCUCCGGGCCGCCUUCUGAGGGCUUUGAGUUUGGGUUCCCACAGCAACUUCAGAGCGGCUGUCCGUACCGGCUCGAGGCGAGCAGCCGCUGCUGAAAUCCUUCCGGCCGUGGCGGAAUUUCUUAAAAACGUCGGCUAAAAAUCGCCUCGGAUAAGCUGACCAGGUCAGCCGGCGCCGCCUUCCCUGCCCUCGAGCUCCGUGUGACACAGGCUGACUACAGUUCCUGUCUCACCUCUUUGAUGGAAGAGGACUAUGACCCAGAAGUGAACUCUCUACUGUAGAACAAGAAGCUCUUGUGGAAUAAUUUGUCUCCCUUUAAAAGCAGUACCCAGUCUAGAAAAAAUAGAGUAGAAGAGAUUAUUUUUUGACCUAGCAUUUUUCUGUUCAUAUGACCUAUAUUUCAGCAUGUAAAUGGUGAAAAACAGGAAUAUAAACAUCUGUGCCUGCUUUUGAGCUUUUACAUCAAGUAGUGCUUAGCUUUGUGGAGCAUUAACCAAGCUACGUGAAGUCCAGAGUAUAUCCUAAGAUUCAUCUUAAAACAAAACAAAACCCUAUACUUUUUUUUUUUAGCAAAUUUAUCGGGUAAAAAUGAAGUUUAUCUUUUAAGAGCACUUUGGCAGAUGCUUCUUAUUUAGAUCUCAGCAUUUGGGGCAAGCUUUUUCAUAUAUCGUGAUCCUUUCUCUAGAGUGUUUGGGUUGAUCUGCUACAGACCAUGAGCUGUCCAGCAGACUUGGGUGUAUCUGUUCAGUAUUAACCAUGGUGGUGUUCUAAAUGCUGUCAUUCAGGCUUGGCAAACCUUUUUGUAAUGUGACUGACUUCUGUAGUACCACGACUAGAGGAUAUUUAAUGAGGUGAACGUGGUCGUGGCUUUUUUUUUAAAUAUAAAUUACCUUCUUAGGUUGUUUUUUUUUGUAGUGAGAGUGCAAAAAGAGGUUAAAAUGAGCAGCUGAGGGGGUGAAGGGCACAGUUGGCACGAAGUGCGGCCUCUCGUGCUCUGCUUUGAGACGCACUAUUGCCUCAAGGCUGGCCUUAGAGUAUACUGGAGAAGAAGAAAGGAACCAGAAGGUUGUUGAAGCACAGAAAAAGUGAGGACAUUGGACUGGAGAGGCCAAACUCUGGAUCCUGGCCAUGAGGUUUGAUGCCUCAUUUUAUUGAAGGGAGACACUGGACCUAAAUGGCGCAGCAUGACUUUGUUCCUGCCUGGCUUAACUUCUCAACACCACAGUCAACCAAGUCCCCUGCAGCCACCUUUGAGAAACAUGGAGAGCAUCUUCCACGGGGAGAAGGACGCUUUGGGGUGAGCCGAAGGAGACACAACUCCUCUGAUGGAUUUUUCAAUAAUGGGCCCCUCCGAGCUGCAGGAGACUGCUGGCAUCAGCCAUCCCUUCUCCGCCAUGACUCUGUAGAUUCUGGUGUUUCUAAAGGAGCUCAUGUUGGGCUUUCUGGCAGUCAGCCUGGCUGGCAUGGUCCCUCGCGGGGCCAUGAUGGCGUGAACCAGCGUGGUGGAGGAGGAACUGGAGUUCAUCGCCACUGGAAUGGCAACUUCCAUUCUCGGAAAAGUUCUGCCUUUCAAGAAAAGCUGCCUGUUGAAGCCAGGGAAGAGAAGAAGGAAGACAAAGAGCAUUUGCAAUUUGAGGAAGAAGACUUUCCAUCUUUGAAUCCAGAGGCUGGAAGACACAACAACCAGAACAAACCUUUAGGGACACCUUCCGGAGUAUGGGAAAACCCCCCUAGUGCCAAGCAACCUACCAAGAUGCUGGUCAUCAAAAAGGUUUCAAAAGAGGAUCCUGCUGCUGCCUUCUCAGCUGCAUUUACAUCGCCUGUUUCUCACCUGGCAAAUGGCAACAAAGCCACCACCAUUGUCCCAAGUGUCUACAAAAAUCUGGUUCCUAAACCUGCAGCUCCUCCUUCCAAGCCAAGUCCAUGGAAAGCCAACAGAAAUGAACACAAGCCAGGCUCACUUUCCUCCAGCCGUGACUCUGCCUUUACCAGUCCAGUGUCUGUAACCAAACCAGCGGUACUGGCAAGUGGCUCAGUCCUCACCUCUCCCAAAGAGAGUCCUUCCAGCACCACCCCUCCUAUCGAGAUCUGCUCUUCACGCUUGAUGAAGCUGAUGCGUCGCACCACUGAUAAAAAGAGCGAAUUCUUGAAGGCACUGAAAGAUGAUAGGAAUGGGGAGAUCACAGAGAGCAGAGAAUGUGACAAGCUGGAUGAUAUGGAGAGCAACAGCACACCAGAACCAAAGGAAAACUGGGAAGAGAAUUGCCAUCAAAAUGGCCUUUCUCUCCCUUUGCCAGAGGAGGGGGAAAACCUCUCUCAUUCAUUGGAAGCAGAACACAGGUUAUUGAAAGAAAUGGGAUGGCAGGAAUAUCCUGAAAAUGAUGAGAAUUACCUUCCCCUCACAGAGGAUGAGCUCAAAGAGUUCCAAAUUAAAUCAGAGCAGCGAAGAAGAAACGGAUUUGGAAAGAAUGGAUUUCUUCAGGGCCGCAGCUCCAGCCUGUUCCACUGGAGAAGCACUUUUAAGACAAAGAUUGAGGACUCGGAAACAGAAACUAGUAGCAGCGAGACUUCAGAUGACGAUGCCUGAGGGUGGGCACAAGAAAAUUAAAAUAAAUAAAACCAACCCAAUAAACUCAGUUCAUAGUUCAACAUGUGUUUGGGGUUGUAUAAACUAAACAGAGUUUAUUCUGUCUCCAGUCUGUUCAGUUUUUUCUUCUGUUGAUACUUCAUGCACAAGGGAAAUAAUUGUAUCCCAAAGAAGAGAGAAAUUGGCUUCUUUAGCUUUUUCUUUUGGUUUUGCCCUAAUGCUUAAUAGAAGUUUGUGCAGCUAGCAAAUUUUGACAGAAAUCCCUUGUGGGGCAGUGCACAAGUUCAGUCUGGUAAGCAGGAUACAAGUGGCUGACUGAUCUUUGCAACAACAAGCUUCUAACAGUGCCGCCCGCAUUACACAAUGCCGUGCGGUAACAAUGUGCUAAAACAAUCAUUGUCAAUGACAAAAUGGCUAUUGAAGUUCUAAUUAUGUUAAAUUAAUGCUAAUAACAUGAAUUUUUUAUUUUAUUUUAUUUUUUUUUUGGCGGCUCGGGGAGCUUCAUCACUUAACCAGGCGUUUGUGGUUUUCUUUUUUUGGGUACAGCUGUAAAAUAUUUGGAUAUAGGAAUUGUUUGUGUUCUUCUUCUUGCAGCCUUGAUAUUCAGGGUGGAUUGUAAAAUAUAAAUUUUUUGUGAGAUUUCAAAGAUUAAGAUUAUUUUGAUAACAUUAUUUACAGAUUUAAAAAAGUGACUAUCACAUUGAGUCUGUAUGAGGGGGAAAAACUACUGCAUCAAAAAUAACUAACUUGGAAUAAAUAUUUUGCAUCAGUUUGCCAA